AUGCCCGCCAACCUCGGUGACGACGAGCCACUGCGCCCGGGUCAGAUUACCCCCAAUGCUAUUGCCAAGCAGUUCUCCCAGCUCGACCUCCCGGGACCCGAGCGCCUCGGCCUCUCUUCCCAACAGGGCGCGUCCAGGCCUGCAGGCCGUGAUGGCCGCGACUUGACCGCCGCUCUCUCGAACCUCAACCUCCCCGAGCCAGAGGCCCUCUCCAAGGCCAGUGCCCACCGCCGCUCCGAGAGCCAGAGCCAGGACCUGUCUGAGCAGCUCUCCAAGAUGAACCUCCCCCAGCCCGAGCGCAUCUUUGGCCCCGACGAUACCGAGUCGUCCACGUCCCGCGGUGUCAAUGCCGACGACUGGGAAAAGGUUCAGCUCGCCGAUGACGUCCCCGAGGCCGUCAAGAGCCCCACGCUUGCUCACUUCCGUCGUGAGAGCCGUUCUGCUGAGGUGAAGCCGCCUGCCCCUGUUGCUCCUGCUCCUGCUGCUGCUGCUGCUGCCCCUGCCCCUGCGGCCACAACCAAGGGCGCUGCCAAGGAGCAGAUGAUCAACCCCUUUGACGUGCAGGGCGGCGUUGACGAGGACGGCAAGGAGAUUGGAAUUGACUACGACAAGCUCGCCAACCGUUUUGGCGCUACCAAGAUUCAGCCCGAGCUGCUCGAGCGCUUUGAGCGCCUUACUGGCCGUAAGCCCCACCCCCUUCUCCGCCGCGGUACUUUCUACACCCACCGCGAGUUCGACAAGAUCCUCGACCUCUACGAGGCCAAGCAGCCCUUCUACCUCUACACUGGCCGUGGUCCUUCGUCCGACUCGAUGCACAUGGGUCACCUUAUCCCAUUCCUCUUCACCGCCUGGCUCCAGGAGGUCUUUGACGUGCCGUGUGUGAUCCAGGUCACCGAUGACGAAAAGUACCUGCUCAACCGUGACGCCAAGGCUCAGCAGGCCAUGCUCAAGAAGAACCCUCAGGACAAGAAGUCGCCCUACUGGAUCCUCGACAAGUACCACGAGAUGGGUCAGGCCAACAUUGCCGACAUUAUUGCCUGUGGCUUCAAGAAGGAAAAGACCUUCAUCUUCUCGGACCUCGACUUUGUGGGCGGCCAGUUUUACCGCAACGUCGUCCUCAUGGCCAAGACCUUGACCGUCACCCAGAUCCGCGGUGUGUUUGGCUUUGAUGACUCGUCCAACGUCGGCAUGAUGCACUUCGCCGCUGUCCAGUCGACUCCUUCCUUCUGCAACUCGUUCCCGCAGAUCUUUGGUACCCGUACCGACAUCCCCGCACUCAUCCCCUGCGCCAUCGACCAGGACCCCUACUUCCUCCUCUGCCGUGACUCGGCCGACAGGCUCAAGUACAAGAAGCCUGCUCUUCUCCACGCAAAGUUCCUCCCGGCUCUCCAGGGUGCGGGCACCAAGAUGUCGGCUUCCAUCCCCUCGUCGAACAUUACCCUCACCGACACUCCCAACGUCAUCAAGAACAAGAUCCGCAAGCACGCGUUCUCCGGCGGUGGUGCUACCCAGGAGCUCCACCAGCAGAACGGUGGCAACCCCGAUGUCGACAUUGCCUACCUCUACCUGUCGUACUUUGAGGAAGACGACGCCAAGAUGCAGCGUCUUGCCGACGAGUACCGCGCCGGUACUCUCAGCACCGUCCAGCUCAAGGACGAGUGCAUUGCCAAGCUCCAGGAUGUUGUCGGCACUUUCCAGGAGCGCCGCGCCCAGGUCACCCCCGAGGUCGUUGCCUACUACCAGGACGCGACCCGCGCGAUCGACCCUACCCCCGGCCCCGCCGCCCAGUCGUGGGUCCAGUAG